AUGGCUAAACAAGUUACAGAGCUUCUUAGUACUUUGAGGGUACUGAUGUUCCCAUUUUUGGCUUAUGGACACAUCUCUCCAUUUCUAAACGUAGCCAAGAAACUCGCGGAUAGGGAAUUCUUGAUUUACCUCUGUUCUACGCCCAUCAAUCUCAAAUAUGCCAGCAAGAAAAUCCCUGAAAAGUAUGCUGAUUCGAUUCAGCUUGUCGAACUUCACUUACCAGAAUUACCCGAACUUCCUCCUCAUUACCAUACUACCUAUGAUCUCCCACACCAUCUCCAUCACACCCUUCAAAAAGCCCUGAAAAUGUCCAAACCAAACUUCUCAAAAAUCUUGGAAAAUUUGAAACCUGAUUUGGUGAUAUAUGACAUAUUGCAGCAAUGGGCUGAACGUGUCGCGAAUGAACACAACAUUCCAGCAGUUAAGCUCCUAACUUCGGGGGAAACAGGGGAAAAUUUGAGGGCUAAAGUGAGAGAUAUCAGCAAGAAUUUGAAAUCUGUAAGAGGUGAAGAGAUGGAUGCUGCUGCUCAGGAGCUAAUUCAACUUUGUAGGAAUAGUGAAUACGAACUAAUGAAUGCGAGGUUGAUUGUAGAAUUAGGAGUUGCAGUGGAAAUUAUAAGAGAUGAUGAUGGGAAUAUUCACAGAGGAGAAAUCACAGAAACUCUUAAAGAUGUCAUAACAGGGGAAACAGGGGAAAUUUUGAGGGGCAAAGUGAGAGAUAUCAGCAAGAAUUUGAAAUCUAUAAGAGAGGAAGAGAUGGAUACUGCUGCUGAAGAGCUAAUUCAACUUUGUAGGAAUAGUAAUAAGUACAAAUAA